AUGGGCAAGGACCAGGAACUGCUGCAGGCGGUGAAGACCGAGGACCUGCUCACCGUGCAGAAGCUGCUGCAGAGGCCCCGGCCCGGCAAAGCAAAGCUCCUCGGCUCGGCAAAGAAAGUGAAUGUCAACUUCCAGGAUACUGAUGGAUUUGCUGCACUGCACCACGCCGCCCUUAAUGGGAACUUGGAGCUUAUCACUCUACUGCUGGAGUCACAGGCUGCUGUCGACAUCAGAGACCAAAAGGGCAUGCGGCCGCUGCACUAUGCUGCCUGGCAGGGGAAGGCGGAACCUAUGAAGAUGCUGCUGAAAUCUGGUUCGUCAGUCAACGGCCAAUCAGACGAAGGACAGAUCCCCCUCCACCUAUCGGCACAGCACGGUCACUACGAUGUGUCUGAGAUGCUGUUGCAGCACCAGUCCAACCCCUGCAUCAUCGAUAACGCAGGGAAGACCCCUCUGGACUUGGCCUGUGAGUUUGGCAGAUUCGGGGUGGUCCAGUUGUUAUUAAGCAGUAACAUGUGUGCCGCUCUACUGGAACCCAAACCAGGAGACUCUACUGAUCCCAAUGGAACCUCUCCUCUGCACCUAGCCGCCAAGAAUGGCCACAUAGACAUCAUCAGACUGUUGAUCCAGGCGGGUAUAGACAUCAACAGACAGACCAAGGCAGGCACUGCCCUGCACGAGGCCGCCCUCUGUGGCAAGACCGAAGCAGUGAGACUCCUGCUGGACAGUGGUAUCAAUGCUACAGUGAGGAACACAUACAGCCAAACUGCCCUGGACAUAGUUUACCAGUUCACUGCCACACAGGCCAGCAGGGAGAUCAAACAACUGCUGAGAGAUGCGUCAGCAGCUCUUCAGGUGCGGGCUCUGAAGGAUUACUGCAACAACUAUGACCUGACAAGCCUCAAUAUCAAAGCAGGCGACAUCAUUACGGUUCUGGAGCAACAUCCCGACGGUCGCUGGAAAGGCUGUAUCCAUGACAACAGAACAGGAAAUGACCGUGUCGGCUACUUCCCCUCUACCAUGGUGGAGGUCAUCAGCAAGAGGACAGGUUUGGCCAGCACAGUCAUUUGCACUCAACAGUUUCAAAAGAUACCGCUGGUUCCCCCGGCGACGGUUGCCCCUGCCAACGCGGUAGUCAACGGCAACGACACCACGUUCCAUCAGAUCCAUAUCCUGCCUCCACCGCCUCCUCCUCCACCACAUUCCCAUCAGCCACUGCUCCCACUUUUCACUUCCUUUGGCUAUAACAGGUCGCCCGUGACAACCCCACAGGGAGACACACCCACUAUCCCAGGUUGUCGCGGUUCAGAGGCCAGCCCUCACGGCUCCCCCACCCCAUCCAGUGGGCCCCAUGGAGGCUCCAGCGAGGAGAUCUGGGUACUGCGCAAGCCCGUGGCAGGUGGGGACCGCAGCAGUGUGGGUAGUUCUGGUAGUGUCACCAGUGUGAGAUCAUCGGGGAGUGGUCAGAGUGCCGGCAGCACUACACACAUUCUCCACGCACAGGCCGAGGGUGUCAAGCUCCUGGCCACGGUGUUGUCCCAGUCCGCCAAAGCCAAGGAGCACCUGCUGGAGCAGUCCAAGUCUCUAGAGCAGUCCACGGGCUCGGCCACUUCCUCCCGUACAUCGAGCCAAUCGGGCUGUCCGCUCCAUGAGGCUCCGCCCUACGAUGCCACGGCAAACAGGCGAGGGGAGGGGCAAGGCGAGGGAAAGAGCUCAGAGGCCGUUGUCCAAUGGCUGAGCGACUUUCAGCUGCAGGUCUACGCUCCAAACUUCCUGGGUGCUGGGUAUGACUUGCCCACCAUUAGCCGAAUGACCCCGGAGGACUUGACAGCCGUUGGAGUGACCAAGCCUGGCCACAGGAAGAAGAUGACAUCAGAGAUCAACAAGCUAAGUGUCAAUGAAUGGCUGCCUGACCAGAAACCUACCAGCCUAGGAGAGUGGCUGUCUGCUAUUGGUCUGAGCCAGUACCACCAGGUCUUGGUGCAGAAUGGUUAUGAGAACAUUGACUUCAUCACAGACAUCACCUGGGAGGACCUGCAGGAGAUAGGCAUCACCAAACUGGGCCACCAGAAGAAGUUGAUGCUGGCGGUGAAGCGGCUGGCAGAGAUGCAGCGCAGCACGGAGGGCCGGAGCUCCCUCAGGAAGAAGCCUCCUCCAAUCACACAGCAGCAAGAGGUCAUGUCCAUCGAGAGCCCACCACCGGAUGAAGUCAUGUCUCCCAAGAUGACCACCUUCCAGGACAGUGAGCUGAGCACCGAGCUACAGAGCGCUAUGACCCAGCCGGGCCCAGAGAUCAAAGGUCAGCGAAGCCGCACCCUCAGCAAAGACCACGACGAGGUGGGGUCAGGGGGUGGAGGUGUUGGAGGACCUCCCAAGAAGGAGGCGCGGACCAUGAGGCAGCAGAGCAGCCAGGGGAGCAGCUCCUCACACAGAGGCAGCGUCUCCUCACAGGGCAAACCCCGUCAUUCCCACUCCCAACCCGCACCUCCCUACACCCCUCCUCACACCCCGACCAAGACCCGCACCUCCUCCUCCUCCUCAGCUUCCUCCGUCCAGAGCACAGCCUCCCCCCAGGCCAAGCCCAAACCCUCGCCCCAGCUCUCCCAAGGAGAGAGACCCAAGUCCCCGCGCUUGCACCCCCCCCUGUCCUCGACGCAUCGCAGCGCUUCAAACACCCAGUCGCAGCCCCCAGCCCAAGCCACAGAAGUCAAGGAGAGCCCCCAGGUCUUUGUUCCCCUCCUCUGCCUCCCUCCAGAGGCCGACGUGAGUGAUGGUGGGGGAGCAGAGCCCUCCGCCCUCCAGAAGAAACGUGCCCACAGCCUGAACCGCCACGCUGUGUCAGACAGAGAAUCUGAUGAAAAAGCUGGAGGAGGGAGAGCGGAGGUGGUGGGAGGUCAGGGGUCAUUGAUGGUCGAAGGGGGAGGAGGCAAAUAUGCCACAGUCACCCAUCGGGUUAGCCGAAGCCACUCUGUCCGCAACCAGGACAAGAACGUCAACCGCAGCCAAUCGCAGUCCUUUGCUCUACGACAGAAGAAGAAAGGCCCACCUCCCCCUCCCCCCAAACGCUCUAGCUCAGCCAUCUCCAACUCUAACCUGAUGGAGGCCAACGCACAGUUGCAGACACAUACUACCACGGGUGGGAUGCUGGACGUGUCCUACCACCAGCAGCGACGGGCCAGUGACCUGGGCGUCUCUGUGGAGACAGGCGCCGUGGAAACUAGCAGCAUGGGGAGUGUGAGGAGCAUUGCUGCCAUGUUAGAGAUGUCUUCCAUUGGGGGUGGUGCCAAAGGCAUAGCUCUGCAGAGAAACUUCUUGCAGGUGGGCAAGACGCGGGACGCCAUCGGUCUGGAUGGCGAGGUGGUAAACCGCAGGCGGACCAUCAGUGGCCCCGUUACCGAGCUGGUGGCAGCCGCCAGGAGAGAGCAGCCGUCCCCUUCCCCAUCUCCCAACCCCUCCCCUGUCCCCCAGCCUGAGGCCUCCUCUCACCCACCAUCCUCCCUGCAACCCGUGUUCUCCUUGUCCUCUCAACCCCCAUCUUCCCCCCACCCCAGCUCAGGGGGCAGCGGCAGUUCGUCAGAGAACCUCCCAUUCGCAGAGGAGGGCAGCCUGACCAUCCGGCGCCAGGGACGUGGAGAGGAACAGGGCGACGACGAGGGUGCCCAGGGAGAUGGGAUUUACACGGAGGAAGACCUCUCUAGGGUCGAUGCCACAGCCACGCUGAAGCGACGCCCCCGCAGCUCCCAGCCCAACCCCAAUGGCUCCCGCUUCACCCUCCAGGAGUCGUCCACCGUCAAACGGCGACCCAAGAGCCGCGACAAGGAACCAGAGGGCUUCACCAACCUUUCCGGGACUAAUGGAGAGCCCGUGACUGGGCAGGCUGACAUCACGCAGGCGGUACCCUACCAGAAUGGGACGGCCACUGUUAAACGUCGCCCUGUUUCUGAUGCUGGAGUUAUAGAGCAUCCUCAUUCUCAGCCCACUGCCCCCCGCAGGGACAGUGCUGACCAGGGGGCUCCAGUGGGGUCUGAAGGAGGUCCAGUGAGGAAACCCAAACCUCCCGUCUCCCCUAAGCCAGUCUUGGCUCAGAUAAAGCGACAGGGAGGCCCACAGACACCCCCACAAGCCUCAUCCAACAAGAGAAUCCCCCUGCCAGGGCCUGGGACACCAGGAAGCCCAGUGGAAGGAAAGAAGAUCCCUCCCCCCAUCUCACCCAAACCAGCACCACCACCCACUGCCCCCAAACCGGCCAAGCUCCUCCACUCCAUGACCAGCCCUCCGUCUCCGAGCCCAGCCCCGGUCAAGCAGCACUCUGUGGCCAGCCGACAGGCCAGCUCUCCCCCGUCCCUCCCCCCUUCCAACACCCCGAGUCCCUCUACCACCAAGCCCCCCAGUCCACCAACCCAGAGCCCCCUUACCCCACAGACCCCAACUACGCCCCAGACGCCCCAAACUCCUGCCACCCCGAGCCCCACUCCCCCACCCGUCAAACCACCCCGCUCCUCAAUUGGGGGCGUGUCUGUGGACAGUGGGACAGUGGGAGGGGGGGCUCAGACUGCUCUUACCACGACAACAGACUUUGGUGUGGACUCACUGGUGCACCAGAAGCUGGAGGAGACAAGUGCCUCCCUGGCUGCAGCGCUGCAAGCUGUGGAGGAUAAGAUAUUACGGCAAGAGAAGGACACUGUGAUCGAGCAGAAGACCACGGGCAGUAUCCUUGACGACAUUGGCAGCAUGUUUGAUGAUCUGGCAGACCAGCUGGACGCCAUGUUGGAGUAACCUUGACAACCAGUCUGGUUGUCAUCCCCCGGCGACGCCGCAUCAGGACCGAUUCAAAAGGCACAACAGAUGCAACGCUCUGUUCAUCCUGCUCUCUCUGUCACACUCAUCCCCCUCUGUCUCUCUCCAGCAUCCUCCAUCACUCCUUUUGGAUACAGAUACCGCUCUUCCUCUGCUUUCUCUGUCCCUCUUCCUCCUCAUCUCCUUUCCUGCUUACGACGAAGGUGAUAAUGAUGAUGCAAUACCAAUAGUCCUUGACAGACAUCGGGCUCGGCGUGAAGAGAGAGGAGCUGAGACGGCGCAUGAAAGAGGACUGGACGAAGAGAGAGACAGGAAAGAGAGCAGACACUGGGUCGCGUUAGAGGCUGGAGAGACUGCAGGAUGGAUGGAUGGAUGGAUGGAGAGAUAUGAAGGAGAGGGUUUAAAAGAGUCUUUGUAGAACUCUCUAGAAGCUCUUGCGGUAAACAAACAAAUAAAUAAAAUGAACA